AUCACUCUUCCCCCUUUCAUUCCUCUCCAUUCUCUCAUACCUUUGCCUUUCAGCUCGUACUGGAAUGCUUUAAACAUAAACACAAGACUUCUUUCAUCGCUUUCCAUGCUCAUUUUUGCUUCAUUUUUGCUCCGUAUACCAUCACAUUAACUAGGAGUACGUCCGGACCCGCUCAAUUUUACAGCAUUUAGCGGCCUUCUGCAUUGAUCCCUCUUUUUCAACAAUAAAGAAAGGACCCAUCAUACUCGAUCCAAAAUGAGCUCGUCAUAUGACUCUUAUUCGAUCAAAUCCGUUCCUUCUACAUCAAAUAAUUCCGAUAAAAAGAGAUGGCGCGAUUUAGGUUUAUCAGGUGUAACAACUUCUGGUUUUGCUAAUUUACUUCGAUCAGCAAGAAAGUCAACCGAUAGCCUUCGUAGUGCAGCAAGUGCAACAAGCAGUCGUGCAAGAUCUCAAAAUCAUUCACAAAAAGGUUCGAAUGCCACUUCCAUCUCUACCGAUAAGAAUUCUUACCGUAAUUCAGUCAACAAAGAUUUACCACCCAAUCCAAGAACGCCAAACGAGCAAAUCAACGAUCUAUCCAGAAGAUCAGAAUCAAGUUCAGCUGCUUCGCGUGUCAUUCAUGAUGUUCCAGAAGAGCCACCACUAGAAUACUUCGAAAUGCCACCUGAAGCUGAAUUGGAUCCAUCUGUAAAGUUGGGAAAACCUACAACGAAAGCGGAAACACACGAGAAAGAUCGUGAGCAGAACAAUCGUACGCCUACAAACGAAAGUGAACUUCGUAAUCGUGAUCUCACAAGUCCUGCAGAUUCCACAACAAGAAAACAUUCUAUCACAAUGGCAGAAUUGCCUCCAUCAAUCUCUUCACGCACUGCAAGUCUGGGCAUGUUAGGCCAAGAUGGCUUGCCGACAAGGUCUUAUUCGCAUACAUCUGCUUUGAGUGAGAAUGGCCCAACGGCCACAUCAUCAAUAGCCGGCUGGACUGCUGAACAAGAAGAAGAAGGCGAAGGCGAAACCCGGGAGGAAAGUGGUUCAAAGACGCCUACAAACGAUGACAAACAAUCUGUUGCAAAUCAAUCAGAUUCACUUCAACGUAUUGGAUCUUCUGCAAAAUCUGUCGCUCGUAAAAGCUUUACACGUAUUCGAAAGAAAAGUAAUGCAUCUACUCAUCAAGAUUCGGCAAAGUCUAUCACUGCGGCUAUCUCUUCUAGUGCGCAACACCCCAUGCCAGUCUCUGCUUCGGGUAAUGUUACAGCAGCAUCCAGCAGUGUUGGUGCAGGAACACAAUGGGCUGGCAAUAAGACCGGAGAAGGAGAUGGUAAUACAAUUGCUCAGCUGUACGCUGUGUUUGGAUUGCCGAAAGAUCCUUCAGUGUGGACCCUAGCUGAGGAAGACUGCGUAGUCGGCGUGCAUCACUUAGAUGGUGCAAUUGACCGAUUCUGGAGACCCGAAGUGUUGGGUUGUUCUAUCUGCCCUCCUCCUGCAGAAGUUUUGGGUCACACACAAGCUUCUUCUUCAUCUUUAGACGAACAAUCUGGUGCAAGCAAAUGGGAAGGUCGUACCAGCAACAAAGAUGAAAGCAAGAAAUCUCAAAGUCCCAAAUUCAUCGAAAUGAACGAUGGUCGAGGUGCUACCGAGAAAGCCGAGACUGCUCGUGUGUUGAGCAAAGCUCUCAAGUUGUCUUUCACUCGGGAAGUCGAAGUUGUGGCUGAACAAGGACAUUAUCCACCCAAAGCCACUUCACAUACUUUCUCUUUCAGCGUGCCCACGAUUCCAAGCUCGGGCGAGGCAUAUGAACGUACAGCAGACGGUCGCAAAGUUGCAAUGGCAACUGGUGUUUCUGUUGGAGGAGCUGCGAAUGGAGUCGGAGAAGGUUAUGGAUUGACCUCGCAUCGUAAUGGCUCAAACACUGGAUAUGGCAAUAGCAACGAUGACGGACCACGUUUGGCAACCUUUUACGGUGUUGCUUUGACCGUUUGGAGUGCGGCAGACGAAAAGCGUGCAAAAGUGAUUCGAAAAGAAUUAGCAAAAGCAAAGAAACAAAACGGAGGUAAUCUUUCCAAGAGUAAUGCAGACGAAACAACGAAUGGCGCAGAAGGUGAAAAUCCCGGUUUGGCUGCUGUUAGAGGAUCUUCUGAUUCUGUCUUUUUUAUGCCUUAUGCUAUUUGCAUCGUUUCUCGAUUCCCACUCUACAAUCUUUUGGGAGAUUGGAACAAGAUGGCUUGGCAUAAGUAUAGCCGUAACAUUGAGAUGCACAACCAGCUCAUGUCCACCAUUCUCAGACAUCCUGCUCCAAGAUUGGGUGAAGAGAUCAGUGUUGGAUCACCCGAGAAGGACCUCUCUUUCCACUGCACCUUCCCUGGUGCAGUAGAGUGGGGAACAGGAUUGAUCGGUAUCGAUUUCACGAUGUGGCCUCUAUUCAGCACAUUGUCGCUUGACAACAUUUUGACCAUCUGCGAAAUUGCACUAGGCCAUAACGGACGUAUCUUGUUCGUUUCUUCUCACCCUGCUUUGCUCGGUAUGGCCGUUGAAACACUGCGCUAUCUUGUCGAACAGAGUGGAUGGCGUGGUGUUGUUCAUCAAAUUUGUCAUGCUCGUGACGUUCGGAUUUACCUCGAAGAUCCUGGCUCUUGGAUUAUUGGUAUCAAUGCAGAAUUGCGUGGAUUAGUUCAACCUCCUGCACAAGUCUGCACCGUGGAUCUGGAUAUGAACCGUAUCACAUGCAACAGUCCUCCUUUGAACGCAAUUAGUACAAAAGGAUUACGUGAAAGAAGACGCAAGAGAUUGCACCAAGCUGUCCACGUUAAUGACGUCGAUUAUCAUCCACCUCGUGAAUUCAUUGAUGCUUAUCCGGGUUCAAGAUUCCGUCCAUUGAGUAGAAUGAUCACGCGGGAUUUGAAUUCUGCAUAUGAGCAACUGCCUGUGCCUCAAUGGUGGAAUCAAACGGUUGCAGUACAAGCUUUCGAUAAUUCAUUACGGGAAGAUCAAAAGUCAACCUUUUUGAAAAAGAUGCUCAAAUCUCGACGUACUAGCCGUGCAGUCGUUGCAUCUGAAUCAGAAAUUGCUGCAAUCAUGGCUUUGCGUAAGAGAGCAAGCACAUUCGUUGAUGCACGCGAUGGCUUGGAAAACAAGAUUGGACGAUUGAACAAACGUUUGGCAUUCUUGAUGAGCGAAUCAGAGAUGUGGAGAGCGCAAUUUGGUAAAAUUCAAGUUUUGGUUGAUCGAUUGACAAAAGAAGCGAACGAUUUACGUUCAAAAGUAGACAAAGAACGUAGAGAAAGUAAACGUUUAAGCUCUCGUCUGGCUCAAAGAGAUGUCGAGCAUGUACAAUUGCAACUUCAGCUAAAGGAUACCGAACAAGCACGAGAGGAGGCCAUGGGCGAAUUGCUAAGAAUGAAGACGGCUAUGGAAUCUGUCGAGCAAGAGCGUGAAGUUAUGAUGGAAGAGAUUCGUGCAGUCUUGUCUGGAGGCGGUAACAUCGAAGAUGUGAAUAUGAGCGUUACUAGACUUGAUUUACCUUCGUUCAAUCUACUCUCCAGAAGUAGUAGUCCUACUGGAUCUCAAGUGAGUAUGACGCCUUCUCAAGCAGCAGAGUACGUCUUGAAAUCCCGCGCAAUGGCUGAAGCAAGAAUCUCGGAAGGAAGGCCCGGACGUAAUCAAAGUCGCACAAAUAGCAGAAUAUCCUCUCAACAAGGACACAGAAGAAGCAUGUCACAAGAUCGCGGUGAACGUGACCGUAACGGAUCUUACAGUGGAUCAGUGAACUCCCAUGUGAAUCACUUCCCAGACGAGCAAAUGAAUUAUGAGAUUCAGCAAAGGACCAGUAUUGUGACGGAUCAAAUCAGUAGAAUUCAGCAACAGCUUGAAUCCACCUUGACAAAUUUGGAAGGUCGCCGAUCAGGAACGUAUGAACGCGAAAUCAAUCGCCGUCAACGUCGUGGCAGUAACGCAAGUAUCAAUUCAAGAUACGAGUACCGUAGCAGCGUUGGACAUGGCGUCAAUAACGCAGAGGAGAGCUUGAACGAUCAUGCAAGCGAAGAUGGAAAGACGGUCGAUACAAAGACCUCAGAAAUGAAAGACAAUACUCAAGAUCGAUCUUCAAUGAGAGCAACACGUAGACGCAAAGAAAGAAGUGCUGCACCACCUACAGCAUCAAGUCAGUCUUUGCGUGAUGCAUAUGCUUCUUCCACGGCUUCUCAUACCUCUUUAGGUGUUCCUCCUGCAAUUCAACCAAAGUCAAGCAAUCGGCCACGCAUUUCUUCUGUUGGUGCAAACGGAAAGAAGAAUUCUACAGAUAGCAAUGGAAUUGAUUCAAGAUCUCCGCCUAGAUCACCUGAAGCUGAAGUGACACCUGGUGUGUUCACAGCUUCUAACAGCGGUGAUUCCAAUUCAAUCACACAAACGUUGAACGAGAACGGAAAUGCAUCCUCCCCUGUGAUUGGAGAGAUACCCGCAAGUGAUUCCAAUCCUUCCACUGUGACACCUGUUUUGUCUCAUGAGGAUUUCAAGCAUGGUGUGGCUUCUCAACCAUUGCUCACUGCUUUGCAGCAAAAGCCUAAGUAUUAUACUGCUGAACAACCAACUCAAGUUGAACGAACAGAAGAACAAGAAGCACUUCAAGAGAUUUCUGCUGGUCAAUCAGAAGGCAAUAGCCAUGAUAACGCCCAUCAACAAUCGCACAAUUCUCAUGAUGCUUCUCACAAUACAGGCAGUGGAAACACUUCUCCUACUUUACCUACCGGUAUUCCUGCAGGAUCUGAUGCUGAAUCUUUGAUGACCAAGAAUGGAUGGACGGUUGAUACGGCGGAUGUGAAAAAUGUUACUGAAUUAAGUGGAUGAUUGUCAGGACAGGUUCAGGAUAAAAGGUUUUUAUUGUCUCCAUUCUUUUACUAUAAAAUAUACAUUAUUUAGUGGAUGCUACUUUUGAAUGCUAUAAUUUAUGCUCAUCUCAUUGUCUUAGUCAUCAUCAAUGGAAUGUCAG